AUGCCUCACGGCCGUCCAGCGAAGCGGAGACGCCUCUCUCCACCCGUCGAUGACAGCAAACCCUCAGAGACCAUCAAGGCCUCUGACCUCUUCGUCCGCGCCGCAGAUUGGGAUCUCGAGCAAGAAUACGAAAAGAGGUCGAGGCAGAAAAAGACCAAAGAGUCGACAAGACUCCCUAUCAAAACCGCAGAGGGCAGGGUCCAGAGAGUAGAAGAGAAGGUACCGGUCGAACAGGAGGAUGACUCCGAUAGUUUCCUGGGAUCUGGAACCGACGACGAAGGAGAUGAGGAUGAGACGCCUCCUACCGAGACAGAGCCCUACGUUCCGCAAGUGCCUCUCAAGCAACAGAUUGUCGCGGCGAAAGAAGAAAUUGCUCGCAUCGCCGGCCUGCUGAAUGAGGACCCCGAAGAACACGCCGGCUCUUUCAAGAAGCUGGCACAAGUCGCCGGUCUCACCUCUCCCGUGGCUGUUCAAAAACUUGUCCUCGCUGCACAAGCCGCUGUGUUCAAGGAUGUGAUACCGGGCUACCGGAUACGAUCUUAUAAAGAUGAGGAGCUAGGAAACAAGAUCUCCAAGGACGUGCGACGAACGAGACAAUACGAGCACGCUCUCGUUACUGGAUACCAAGCAUAUGUGAAACAACUGGGCAGUCUUGCGAAGAUCCGAAAGGGUGACGCGGAUAUGCUGUCUUUACGCACUGUUGCGAUCAAUUGUGCAUGUACACUUCUUCUCUCCGUGCCACAUUUCAAUUUCCGGACUGAACUGUUGAAUAUCCUCGUCCACGAAGUCGCCAGCCGCGACCCCUCGCCGGACUAUCUGAAAUGCAUCGAGACACUUGAAGAGUUCUUCUCCCACGAUGAAGAUGGAGCCCCGUCCCUCGAAGCCGUCAGCCUGCUCACGAAGAUGAUGAAAGCCAAAGACUACAGAGUCAGGGAGGAAGUGGUGAAUACGUUCUUUCACCUGCGUCUGUUGUCUGAACUGCCACCGCCGGGUUCAAGUGGCAAUACAGAACGGUCUGAACAGCCAACGAAGCUGCACGGACGCAAGGUGAAGCAACAGACCUCGCAGCACAUAUCGAAGCGCGAACGAAAACUGCUCAAGCAGCGCCGCGAAGUCGAGAAAGACAUGGCCGAAGCCUCAGCGCUGGUCGACCACGAAGAGCGCGAGAAAAUCCAGUCUGAAACGUUAAAGAUGGUGUUUGUCACGUAUUUCCGCAUCUUAAAGGCCCGCGUACCCGAGCUCAUGGGCGCUGUGCUGGAGGGACUGGCAAAGUACGCCCACCUGAUCAAUCAGGAUUUCUUUGGUGACCUCCUGGAGGCGCUGAAGGAGAUCGUAAGCGCAGCCGAUGAUGCCGUCAGAGGGGAGUUGGACAUGGAGGAGGCUGCUGAAGCAGAGAAGACACUGGCAAACGUGGAUGGGGAGACGAUCCGCAACAGGAAACGUGAAGGCCUCCUGGCGACGCAGACUGCAUUCACACUGCUCUCGGGGCAGGAGGUCUCUAGAGCUGCUUCGAGCUUACAUCUCGACCUCAGUUUCUUCACAGCGCAUACCUACCGCUCACUAUAUCCUCUCUCGCUGGACGCAGACGUCGAACUGGGGCCGAGAUCGCUGCGUCUUCCCGAUCCCCACUCGUCGAAAUCUGCGCCGUCGUCAAGCUCUGUGAAUAACAGGAUCAAUAUCUCCACGCCGAUUCUCUUGCUCACGCGUGUCUUGACAUCUAUCCUGUUAACACCCUCAUCUCCACCGCCCACGCAGACGGUGUUGUCGUUCUUCAAACGUCUCCUGACCGUCUCCCUUCAGUUGCCUGAGAAAUCCACGCUGGCCGUGCUGAACCUGAUGGCCAAGAUUGCGGACAAACAUGGUCGCAAGAUUGAGGCCUUAUGGUACAGCGACGAAAGGAAAGGAGACGGGGUAUAUAGGGGGAACAGCGAGAGUGUAGAAGGCACAAAUGUGCUAGGGACUGGUAGCGGCGUUUGGGAGGCAGAGUUGCUGAGGAGGCAUUACUGUCCCAAGAUCAGAGAAUCGACCCAGAGGCUCGAGGGGAUCAUUAGAGAUAUGCACAGGUAG